AUGCUGUCAGAAAACUCCACGUCUGCCUUAACUGUUUAUCAGACUCACAUGAAGUCAAAAAUUGUAAAACAUCAACAGCAGCAGCAGCAACGAAAAGAUCAUGCCAACAAUGAUGGCGAAACAAAUGAUGCGCCUGGCUCAUCGAAUCACCCUGAUACGCAUGGUGGCGCAUUUCGAGCACCCGGCGUUGGGAUGCAAUCGCACAACGGUGACCACGUAUCUGGCAGUGCUCAAAAAAUACCAGAAAAAACCACCGGUGAAACAGGAGAAAACCCAAUCACAAAUGACAAGAUAGAAUUGUCACAGCAUGCUCAAAUAACGCACAGCAUGUAUCAGCUGCAAAAGAAAUACGAGAAAACUGAAAAAGAAGCAUCGCCACAAUCUCAACCACGAUUCUACAUUUUUAACUGGCUGUGCUUUAAAAGAGAUGAAGCAUGGAAGCAUAUCGAAUAUGAUUUCAAUUCACAGUGUCCAUCUGGCUGCCGUCGUAGUGCAAAAAUAUUGAAGAAAAAGUAUCUCAAUCUGAAAAGAGAGGUAAAAAAGCGAGUUGCAGAGGAUAAAAGAUCUCUUUAUUUAACUGGAGGAGGACCACCAUCAAAGAAAUUGUUAACUGAGCUUGAUGAAAAGCUUUUGACAGUGUUGCAUGAGAAGCAAGUUAGUGGCAUGCAGAGUGUCUAUGACAAUGAUGUAAUUGCCGUAAAUAUUGAUGAGUCCGUGAUAUUGGAGGAAAAUACAUUAGAAAGCAUAGUGGAUUUCGAAAACACGACUGAAGAGGAAAAUUAUAAAGGAAUAAAUGAAUCCGACAACGUUACAUUAAACGUUGAAUCAAACGAGCUUUGGAACAAAUAUGAUCCCAGCAAGUUGAAAACAGCAAAAAAUUCAAAACUAAAAUUUGAAGAAAACCCACAAAGAUCUGCGAAAAAUGCUUGGGCAAAGUUAGAAGAUAUGAAAGCAAAAUGGACGGACGAAAAAUAUGAAGCGGAAAUAAAAAUAAUAUAUGCGAAGCACGAACAAAGAAUGAAGCUAUUAGAAGAAAGUAACAACCUAUCAACGAAUUUGAUGAAAGAAAAACAUGAUUUGGAAAUGAAAAUUUUAGCAGUAGAUUUGGAAAGAAAGAAAAAGGAGCUGGAAGGGUGAAAUAAAAAAUACAUAUGUAUAUGUAAAAUUAUAAACGUAUUUAUUAAACUACAAUAAACUGAAGUAAUUAUCUAUUAAA